UUACAACGAAGACGUUUUUUUUCAUUUCACUUUUAACGUUUUCCAGUCGGAGCGUUCGGGUGUACGACACGUUAGACAACGCCAGGGUGUUGCGGUCUCACACCGGGCCACAACAAACAAGCGACAUUCCCGAACGCCCGUGAAGGCGUCUUGACUUCACCGCAGAGACGGAGAGAAGGAAACACGCCGCGGACUCUGCGCGCACGGACCCCCGCCGGCCUUCACGCAGCCGCUCGCUACACGGACCGCCGGGCGGUGUGUGGUGAGUGCUCGCGGGAUACGCGAUUCCAUUCUGUGAGCCAGAGGCACAUGCUGACCAAUGAUGGGAAACCUGCUGCUCUGCCCGUGGGCUCCACUGACGUGACCCCAGGUCAAAUGUGGAUGACCGUUUGAGCCGGGGGGGGAAUUCAACAUUGGGGCCAGGAUACCAAAAAGAAUCCUGUUCUACUCCACACACACACACACACACACACUUCCAAUCAGCCGUAGCGAUGCCGAUGCCCGGGCCGCUGUUGGCGUGCGUGUGUCUGGUGUGGGUGGGAAGCUGCAGGGCCCACAGCCUGUUUACCUGCGAGCCCAUCAGAGUGCACCGCUGCCUGGGGUUGACCUACAACAUGACCUACUUCCCCAACAUGAUGGAGCACUACGACCAAGACAUUGCAGAAGCUGCUAUGACGCCGUUCAUGCCCCUAGCUGGGCUGCCCUGCUCUCCAGACGUCCACCACUUCCUGUGCCAAGCCUUUGUCCCAGCAUGCAGCGAGGACAACAAGGUGAUCCGUCCAUGCAGAGAGCGGUGCGAGUCCGUCGUGUCGGACUGCGAGGAGGACGUCCGAGUCUUUGGCAUCACCUGGCCGCCCGAGCUACAGUGUGACAGAUUGGAGCCAUGCGGCUCUGCCGGUGUUCCGACGCUCCCCGCGACCACCGCGAUCAGCUCCUCCUCGGCGAAGCGGGACCUCGGUUUCUGGUGCCCGCUGCAGCUGAAGACCAAACCGGGCCACGGCUCGUCUUUCCUGGGCGCCCAGGGCUGUGCCCCGCCUUGCGCCAACAUGUACUUCAAGCCCCACGACGUCGAAUUUGCCAAAAACUUCAUCGGCGUGUGCUCGGUCAUCUGCCUGGGCGCCACGCUCUUCACCUUCCUCACUUUCCUCAUCGACGUCAAGCGCUUCCGCUACCCGGAGCGCCCCAUAAUCUUCUACGCCGUCUGCUACAGCUUUGUGUCGCUCAUUUACUUCGUGGGCUUCCUGCUGGGGAACAACGCGGCGUGCGCCGGAGGGGACCUCCCCGCCGGCGUGGACACGGUGGUGCUGGGCUCUCAGAGCAAAGGCUGCACUCUGCUGUUCAUGCUGCUCUACUUCUUCACCAUCGCCGGCAUCGUCUGGUGGGUCAUACUCACCAUCACCUGGUUCCUGGCCGCGGGGCCCAAGUGGAGCUGCGAGGCCAUAGAAAAGAAAGCGGUGUGGUUCCACUCUGUGGCGUGGGGGAUCCCCGGGGCGCUCACCGUCAUGCUGCUGGCGCUGAACAAGGUGGAAGGGGACAACAUCAGCGGCGUGUGCUUCGUGGGGCUCUAUGACCUGGACGCCCUGCGCUACUUCGUCCUGGCGCCUCUGUGCGUGGGCGUCGUGGUCGGCCUCUUCCUCAUCCUGGCGGGCAUCGUGUCCCUCAACCACGUGCGGCAGGUCAUCCAGCACGACGAGCGCAACCAGGAGAAGCUGAAGAAGUUCAUGAUCCGCAUCGGCGUGUUCAGCUGCCUCUACCUGGUCCCGCUGGUCACGCUGUUGGCCUGCUACACCUACGAGCAGAGCCACCGCAGCAGCUGGGAGAACACCUGGAUCCACGACCGCUGCCAAGAGUACAGCAUCCCCUGCCCCUACAAGACUCAAGAGCACGAGCGGCCCGACCUCUCCCUGUUUCUGGUGAAGUACCUGAUGACGCUGGUGGUCGGGAUAUCUGCCUCCUUCUGGGUCAGCAGUAAAAAAACCUGCUCCGAGUGGGCCUACUUCUUCAACAGGACCCGCAAGAGAGACCCCAUCACUGAGAGCCGCCGGGUGCUGCAGGAGUCCUGCGAGUUCUUCCUCAAGCACAACAGCCGCGUGCAGCACAAGAAGCAGCAGUACAAGCCGAGCUCCCACAAGCUCAAGGUGGUCUCCAAGUCCAUGGGGACGAGCACCGGCGCCGUGCCCACCAACGCGUCCUCCGCCGGUGCCGCGCCGGGCAACCACGAUCCCCGCGGCCGUGGCUCCCCGUCUGAGGCCUCGGCGAGGGAGCACCUGGACAGGGGCACCUCCAGCCGGAGCUCCAAGAGGGGGGAGAGGGACGGGGGGGAGAGACGCAGCAAAGGGGGGAGCUCCUGUAAGAUCAGCAGCCGCUCCGAGAGCGUGCACAGAGUCCCGGACGGGAGGAUGACUCCGCGCAGCGAGCUUUCCGAGGCCCGCCACGGCCCCGGAGCACAGCAGCACAGCGCCGCCCAGGACCCCGCCCGCCCGCGGGCGCACCCGCCGCCCGAGGACAGCAAGGACGCAAAGGACGGCACCUGCUGAGGGGUCCGCGUCCGUCCACAGAAGUGCCCGUCCUUGACUCCGCCCGGUCCCUCUCGUCUCACGAGCCUGUGCGUGAUGGCAUCGGCCACGUCGCAGUCAGCAUAUUGUCACAUACCUCGAGUAUUUAACAUGCGGUGUGCUGCACAGCAAAAUUCUUAGAGUUCCUUUUCUUGGUGUUAAGGAAAAGUGUAUUUAACACUGAGCAGAUUUAUUUGACACUUAUUCCAAGUUAAAUUGUUAAGACUUGUUGAGUGUUGAUUUAACACUGACAAGAUUGGGACAAUAUAAACACCAGCUUCAAUCUCAGAGUCAAUUUAACUCUGAAAUUUGCUGUGUAGGACCAGAAUGUGCUUCAAGCAGAGGGUUAGUGUAUUUAUAGUGGUCGUCGUUGCCACAUACUGAAAUGUUGCAGCGGCUCAGCUGUGAUCCACCCAAACAUCUACCGACGUGUUGGCGGGGAUUCAAACUUUAGGUCAACUGUUUUUUGUAGUUGUAGCUCCAUGACAUAGGGCACAUCUUAGAGAAUGCAAUAUUUAUGUAAAUAUUCUAUUUUGUUUUUAGAUGCCAAGUCACUGGACUAGUCGCUACACUGAGAGUCAUGAUAUUGCCAAACGUUCUAAGAAAAGACUUCUUGUGGUAAAACCAUUUAUUUUAAUGUCUUAUUGUUUUUGCUACAACCUCUUAACUGCUCCUCUUGACAAAGGCGCAAUCUUAAACAUGACUUGGUUUUCAGACGAUGUUGAAUUAGUCAUUUUCUUCACUUCGUGUUUGUUUUGCGUUCGAAUGGUUUCUACAGCAACAACCACACAUGGUGCAGACGUGUCUCUUUUUGAAGAAGUGAAUUUGGAUAAAGUAUAGCUUUAAGGUUUUCCACCAGAAUGUGUUUUCCUUUGAGUAGUUCCGUACCUUCAAAGGACUUCAAAGAAGCUACAGAUGUUGUGCACAUGGGGUGUGUGUGUGCGUGUGUGCGUGUGUGCAUGUGUGUGUGCGCGCGCAUUCAUAUGAUUUGGAAUCCAAUCGAGGAAACAAAUGAAACAGCUUUGCACUAUUUGUGAAAGAAGCACAAAACACUAAUGAUUAUUGAAUAGUCACAAACAGAAAAAAGGAGAGAAAUUGGGUCUUUGUUCAGGAGUUAUUCAUAGCGUAUAGUCACAGAUCAUAAGUUCCUCCUUAAAGUGCUUCCAGAUCACCGUCUGGGGUUUGUCCAGACAUGCUGCCGUGUGUUCUUCAUUUGGGAUUCUGUGCCUUUUUAUAUUUGGGAGAAUUAAAGGGGAGUUCUCUUCACCCUUUUCUGUUCCAUCUGGAUCUUCCCAUUCUGCCAUGUGGACAGAGGUCUGUAGUGUAGUCUAUGAAUCGCUCUAUACAGCUUUUGUGAGACAUUUUUUACUGUAUUUUUUACGUAGCCGAUCUUGUCAGCUGAAUUUUGUAUCAAUCCAAUUUAAUUUGAAUAAAAAAAACAAUCAUUAUAAAA